CAAACUGUGUUUUCAUUAUUGAAACAGAACCAGAAAUAAAUCUUAUACGACGACUCAGCAUUUCCAUUGAAAUCCGAAUACAAGCGUAGAAAUGUUGGAGACAAUCUUAUUUACACCACCGUUACAAGGAGAAAUCAUAGAGAGUUUUAAAUUCCCAAAAGGGGAUAUUGCAGAAAUUAACUAUCCAAAAGGAAUUCUAGAAGAAAUAACGGCGGAAUACAAUAUCGACAAACCAAAUUAUUCAGUAAUAAUACAAACCGGCCUUAAAUUUAAUAAAUUAUGGCAAGUUAAAUGUACGGUUACGGAUACAAAACAUGGCAAUGUAUUUACGGCAAUAAGCGACGAAAUUAUAACCAUUAGAGAAUCCGAACAUUGUGCGGCAUUGAAAAUUUUAAAAGAAUUAAAUAGAGUCUAUUAUUUUAGUGAGGAGGAAAAACAGAAAAAUAUUAAGGGUAGAGUCCACGUAAUGGCCAUUAAUGAACCUAAUAAAAUUAAAUUAAAAAUGUUUAAAUGGGAAAGCUGUUGCGAAUAUUGUUAUAAAAGAGGCCAUACAAAAAACAAUUGCCAUGGCAUCCUUAGAAAUAAAAAAAUCCAGAAACAGGAAGAAAAAGAAAUAAAAGAUUCUGAGGAAUCAAUAGAUUCUGAUGAAUUUUGGAACCUACCAGGUCCCUCAGUAACAUGGGAAUAAAUAAUAACAAUAAAAUUAAGAAAAAUAAAACUUCUAUCAAUUUUGAAAUAAAAAUGUAUAAUUACACAUCUUAUAAAUAAGUAAAAUUAAAGAUAAAUCAUUAUAUCUUAUAAAAUAAAAUAUAAAUAAUAAUAAUAAUAUAAAUAAUUAUAAAUAUAAUAAUUAUUUCAUAAUAAUCCUAAAAUAUAAUAAAUAACUAGAAUA